CUCCAGGAAAUCAGCGCAGUGAAGUUUCGUUUCUUGUGAAAUCGUCAGUCUCUCUGUCUCACUGCAGCAGAAAUGGCAGAAGCGAAUAUUCUGGUAGCUCAUGACCAGUUUAGCUGUUCAGUGUGUCUGGAGAUAUUGAAGGACCCAGUCGCUAUUCCAUGUGGACACAGUUACUGUAUGGGGUGUAUUAAGAACUGCUGGGAUCAGACUGAUCAUGUAGGUGUCUACAGCUGCCCCCAGUGCAGAAAGACCUUUACCCCAAGGCCUGAUAUGUGCAGAAACACCAUGCUGGCUGAAGUUGUGGAGAAAUUAAAGAAGACAGGACUCAGUCCUCCUCCUGCUCAAAGUUAUGCUGGACCUGGAGAUGUGUCGUGUGAUUUCUGCACUGGGAGAAAGUUCAAAGCUGUGAAAUCCUGUUUGACGUGCCUGGCCUCUUACUGUGAAACACACGUCAAGCCACACUAUGAGGGGGCUGCUUUCAAGAGGCACAAGCUGAUCAAUGCAAUUGGAAAUCUGGAGCAGAAGCUUUGUGCAGAACACCAACGAUUAUGUGAGGUCUUCUGUAGAACCGAUCAGACGUGUAUUUGCUGGCUGUGUGCAGACGAGGAACACAAGAGCCAUGAUAAAGUCUCAGCUGAGAAAGAAAGGACUGUGAAAAAAAAGCAGCUGGGAGAGACACAGACGGAAAUACAACAGAGAAUCCAGGAGAGACUGAAAGAAAUUGAGGAGCUGAAACAGACUGUGGAGUCACUGAAAAGAUCUGCAUGCAUAGAAAUAAAGGAAAGUGAGAAGAUCUUUACUGAGCUGAUCCGAUCCAUUGAGAAGAUCCACACUGAGGUUAUUGAGCUGAUUGGAGCUAACAAGAAGGCUGCAGUGAAUCAGGCUGAAGGACGCAUGAAGAAACUGGAGCAGGAGAUUGCUGAACUAAGGAGGAGAAACACUGAGCUGAAACAGCUUUCAGAGACAGAGGAUCACAUCCAUUUUCUACAGGUAACAUCACUGCUUGUUAGAAAAUCUCAAGUCCAUAACUGGGACGGUUUCAGACAGACCUCUCCAAUUGAAUGAAUCCUUGCUUUUCCCCAGGAAUGUUUUGGACCCCAUUCUGUUUCACUGAAAACUCCUUUUCUCCACUUUCCUGUUGUAGAAUUUCCAGUCUCUCUGUGCCCCUCCUGAAGCUGGAGGCUUACCCAGCGUUACUGUCAAUACAGACAUCUCUUUUGGGGCUGUGAGGAAAGCUGUAUCUGAACUUAAAGACCAUAUUGAGGACUUCUGCAAGGGGGAAUUAGUCAAAAUAACCACAACAGUGAAUGAAGUUGCAGUUUACAGUCUGCAGGCUCCAGAGCCAAGGAACAGAGCUGAGUUUUUAAAAUAUUCCUGUCAGCUCACACUGGACCCCAAUACAACGCAUGGACAUCUCUGUCUGUCUGAAGGGAACAG